CAUUUUUAUGACAAAAUGUUUGCUGAAAGAUAAAAGUUGAUGGUAAAUGGUGGGCCUAUUAUAACAGUGCCUACCAGUAUAUCAGUUCUCCUCGCCACUAAAUCAAAUAAUCAAUUGUUGAUUCAUAUAUAGGAUUGAAGCCCUAUAAAAAAGCCAUCAAAUGCUUAAUUUUACAACCAAUUUUUAUAAUCAAUUUAUUCGAAAAUUGAGUCGAUUACGAUAGGGUCGAUUAUUGAAUUAAUGACCAAAAAUGGGUUACUUUGCUAAUGACUUUUUGCUUUGGAAAUUCGAUCGAAACCCUAUGAAAAUAGUGUUAAAAUGCUAAUUUCAACAUACUUUUUCAAUUGAUAUAUGUUUCAAUGAGAUUGGUAGAGAAAAGUCCUAUGGACCGAUUUGGCUUCUUAUGCGCCCCCGUCCUUUGAAUUUGAAUUUUUUCAUUAAUUUUAUUUUUAUUUAAAUUAUUUUACUUUUUUUUUCUAAGAACAUUUGAUGAAAAUCUUUUAUAUUAAAACAUUUUAAUAGCAUCUCCAUGAUUACAAAUAUUCGAGAUGAAAACCUUUCAUGUUCAACAGCAUUGAUUUAUAUAUACAUUGACUCAAGGAUGUGGCGAUUGUGGGAUGUGCGGAGGUGCACACCCUUCCACUUUUAGAAAAUUUUUGUUUUUCUUCAGCCAAAAUCGUAGUUUUCAUUUUAAAAAAAAAGAUCUUAAAAAGAAGAAAAAAGAUUCAACACCCCCUCACUUUUCAAAAAAUAGUAUAUGCGGCUUUUCAAAAUUUACAAAACUUCCUGACAAUCCCUCACUUUUUUUUUUCUUUGCUCCAUCCCUGCAUUGACUUUUAUUCGAAUGGAAUAUUAAUUGUUUUUACAUACUGAGUUUUCAUUGGUUCUCAUUUAGACAAUGUCCGUCAUGCGAAUAUAUGUUCAUAUAUAUAACAAUAUAUUUAUGCAAUAUAUAGACGAACAUAUCAAAUAAAUAAUGAACUGUUUGUCAAAUAGAAGUAUAUGAUUAUUUAAUAAUAUUAUCAUUUUUUUAUUCUUUUUUUCUAUAGACAAUAUUAUCGAAUUACUCGAUUUACCUAAUGAAAUGAUCUUAUCCAUAAUGAAUAAAGUCAAACCUCAAGCGAUAUUAUUUUGUUCUAUUAUUAAUAUCGGAAAUCAUCGUUUGGAACAACUUGCUCUUGAUAAAUGUUAUUCGAUUGAUCUAAGUUUUGAUUAUUAUCAUUCGCCAUAUGAGUUACUUCUCAAACGAUUUUAUUCAGAUGUUUUACCUCGUCUUUACAAUAAUAUUCAAUCAUUGACAAUCACUCUUAAAAAUUUGUUAUAUAUUGAUGCUGCUAUCAAAGCAAUUGAUGAUGAAAUUCUUCCUAAUUUAAGACAUUUGAAAAUAUUAGCAGGUCGUCGUCGUCAUUAUACGGGAACGCCUUUCACAAUAAGUAAAUUAUAA